AUGCAAAACCAUGUCCAACAUGUCAGCGCAGAUUGCAAGCUGUUUAUCACUGGUUACCAUGCCUCCACUACGGUUACUGUGACGGUGAACAAGGGUACGUUCCGGAGAGUGAUGCCUGUUGGAGAAGGACAGACGGUGACCGUGCAGAUUCCAGCCUCUGUAGAGAUGUUUGGGAGCCAAAUAUUUGAUAGCACCAUCCUGAUUCAGGCUGACAAAGACAUCUCUGUCCUGUCUGCUAACUCAAAGCCCAAAACCAUCGAUACCACUGUAGUGUACCCCACUGAGAAGCUGGGUACUGCAUAUUAUGUUGUAACUCCCCCUGGCAAACAUGGAGGCACCUACAAAGAGUUUGCUGUCAUAGCAGGGAAGGCUCCCACUACAGUUAAUAUUUAUUUGAAAGGGGCUGUCAUGUUCAAACAGUGGAUCUAUGGUGCUGGGAGGAAACUCACUGUUACCCUCGCUCCCUACCAAGCCUUGCAACUGCAAAGCUCUGCAGAUUUAUCUGGCACCAAGAUUGAGUCUCAGGAACAUGUGGCCGUCUUGACUGGGCACAGCUGUGCUGCCCAAAACACUGCUUGUGAUCAUGCUUUCGAGCAGCUCCUGCCCGUCUCCAGUUGGGGCAGCACAUACAUCGUCCCUCCUCUGUCCUUCCAGAACAAGUAUGACAUUGCAUACAUCGUCGCCUCCCAAAACACUCGCAUUGACUAUCAGUCAGGGCCCAUACGAGCUUCCCGUAACAUAUUGGCUGGGCAGGUUGUUGAAUUUGAAGUCCGAGUCUCUCACCCACUUUACAUCUCUGCUAACGCCGGCAUCCAGGUUCUUCUUUUCUUCACUGGUGCUAAAAAUGGGAAAACCACGUAUGACCCGUUUCUCAUCAACAUCCCACCCGUCACAAACUACUGCCAAUCCUACCACAUUGAUGGAGUGAAAGAUUUUGAGAACCAUGUGCUGAUCGUGGUCAAGAGCUCAGAGUCCGGCAGGAUCAUCUCUGAUCAGAAAGCCAUAGGAAAUGUCCAGUGGAGGCAGAUCCCCGGCACAGAGUAUUCUUGGGGAGAGUACAGCUUCGGCACAGGGAUUAGUAACCCCAUCCUGUCCUGCAGCACUGUUCAAUGCAGGAAGAAAGAGACGUGUCAGAUUGUAGAUGGCCGCCCGGAGUGUGUGGCUGAGUCAGAAUCCACCUGCUGGGCUCAGGGAGACCCACAUUAUCACACCUUCGAUGGGCGGAAUUUCGACUUCAUGGGCACCUGCACCUACACCAUCGCCAAGACCUGUGGCUCAGACUCAACUCUCCCGUCAUUCAGUGUCAAGGCCAAGAACGACAACAGGGGCAACACGCGUGUUUCCUAUGUUGGUUAUGUGACGGUUGAAGUCUAUAAUGUCACUGUCUCAGUGGUCAGAUAUGAGACUGGGUUUGUGAGGGUGAACGCCCAGCGCUCCCGCCUUCCCAUCUCCCUGCUCGAGGGGAAGCUGAAGGUGUAUCAGAGUGGAGGUUCUGUGGUCAUUGAGACUGACUUCUCCCUGAGGGUCUCCUAUGACUGGAACAGCUACCUGGUGGUGAAGAUCUCCAGCAGCUUCUCGGAGAGCAUGUGCGGCCUGUGUGGCAACUACAAUGGGGAACCUGGGGAUGACUUUGCCACCCCCACGGGGGCACUGGCUGCUAGCCCCGUGGAGUUUGGGAAGAGCUGGAAGGUGGAGGACGGGGACAGGUUCUGCUGGGACGACUGCCAUGGGGAGUGCAAGAGCUGCUCCCCAGAGCUGGUUGGCAGGUACAAAGCUGAGCCCUUCUGCGGCUGGAUCACCAAAGAAGCGAGUGGCCCCUUCAGCCAGUGCCACUCCGUGAUUGAUCCCAAAAUCUACCUGGACAACUGCGUCUAUGACUUGUGCAUGAACGACGGCCUCAAGGAGAUGCUGUGCCAGGCACUGACGAGCUACGCUGAUGCCUGCCGGAGAGAGGGGGUGGCCAUCUCCGACUGGAGGACACCCACAGGGUGCUCUCUGCCCUGCCAGGAGAAUAGCCAGUAUAAGGCUUGCGGCUCUGCAUGUCCUGCCACCUGCAAUGACCAAGCAGCCCCUAACAACUGCUCCUCACCCUGCGUGGAGACCUGCCAGUGCAAUGAGGGCUUCGUGUUGGACGCUGGGAAAUGCAUCCCCAAGGCUGGAUGUGGGUGCAAGUUCCAGGGGCGUCUGUAUGAUCUUGGAGAGCAAUUCUGGGGGGACAACACCUGCACCAGACGGUGCCUCUGUGACCCCCAAACCAGGCAAGUGAGCUGCCAGGCCACAGGAUGCAGGACUGGGAAGCAGUGCCGGGUAGAGAAUGGCAUCCAGAACUGCUACCCCAGCAGCUACGGAACCUGCUCGGCUUCGGGGGAUCCUCACUACAUCAGCUUUGACGGGAAGAAGUUUGACUUCCAGGGCACCUGCCUGUAUCAGUUCGCCGGGCUGUGCAUCAAAAGCCAGGACCUGGUGGAUUUCCAGGUCCUAGUUCAGAAUGACCAUCGGGGCAGCCAAGUCGUAUCCUUCACCAAAGUUGUGCAGGUCAAAGUCUAUGAGGUUGACAUUGUGAUCAGCAGGGAAAACCCCGGCAGAGUCGUGGUGAACAGCAUGCUUAUCAACCUACCAUAUAGCACCAACAACAGCAAGAUCUCCAUAUACCGGAGGGGGCAGGAAGCAGUGGUCCAGACUGACUUCGGUCUCACCGUCGCCUUUGACUGGCAGAGCCGGAUCACUGUCACUGCUCCAAGCACCUAUGCUGGAGCCGUGUGCGGUCUCUGUGGGAACUUCAACGGGGACAAGAGUGAUGAGUUGACCACGAGGGGCGGCACAUUGGCCCCAAACCCAACGGUCUUUGGGCAGAGCUGGAAGGUGAAGGAUAUCCCCGGCUGUGUGGAGGUUGCCAAGGACGAGUGCUCAGAUCUAGAGGCUGUUGAGAGACGCCAAAGAGGAAUGAAUGGGGAGUGUGGGAUCCUCCUAGACAAGAGCGGCCCCUUCCGAGAGUGUCACAGCAAAGUCGACCCCGAGGGCUACUUCCAAGACUGCGUGUACGACUAUUGCUUCUUCAAAGGCCAACAAGCUGUGAUAUGCCAGCUUAUCACCAGCUAUGCCACAGCCUGCCAUGCUGCUGGGGUGACUAUCUAUGCCUGGAGGACCAACUCCUUCUGCAGUCUCUCCUGUGCCCAAAACAGCCAUUACGAGGUCUGUGCCCGGGGCUGCCAGUCGACCUGCAGCAGCCUCUACGCCCCAGUUCAGUGCUCGGCCCAGUGCUGGGAUGGCUGCGUGUGUGAUGAGGGCUUUGUGCUCAGCGGUGAUGAGUGCGUCCCUAUAUCCCAAUGUGGAUGUGGCUACCUGGGAUUUUAUUAUAAGGCUGGGGAGACCUUCCACCCAACGUGCCAGGAGCAGUGUGUGUGUCAGGCCAGCGGAGACGUGGUGUGUAAGGUGUUGUCCUGCCACCCUAAUGAGGAGUGCAAGUUGGUGAAUGGCAUCCGGAAAUGCCAGCCUGUCGGAUCUGCAACAUGUUCUGCUGCCGGGGACCCCCACUACCUCUCCUUUGAUGGAGUCGCCUUCGAUUUCCAAGGCACCUGCACCUACAUCCUGGCCAAGAGCUGCACCAACACUGGGAACCUGACGUCCUUUGCCGUGAAGGUGGAGAAUGUGCCCUGGGGCAAUGGGAAGGUGUCUGUCACUAAGCUGGUAUCUGUGGAGGUCUAUGGGCUCACGCUCACCCUGUUGCAGAACAAGAAGGGGCUUGUCAUGGUAAAUGGGGUGUCCCACAACCUCCCUGUGGUCGUGGCUGAUGGGCAGCUCCAAGCAUAUCAGCACGGUGGGAACGUGCUCGUGCAAACAGACUUUGGCCUCACCGUGAGCUACGACCUAGUUUACCAUGCCAGAGUCACCAUCCCAGGGAACUACCAGGGCCAGACGUGCGGCCUGUGCGGGAACUACAACGGGCGUCGGGACGAUGAGUUCCUGCUCCCCGAUGGCAGGGCGGCCCCUAACAUGGCAGCAUUCGGUUCUGCCUGGAAAGUCCCGAUCCCGGGGGUGGCUUGUGAGGACGGAUGCACCGGGGACAACUGCCCGGUCUGUGAAGAGAGGAAGAAGGACAUCUUCAAACAGCGCAACUACUGCGGGCUGCUCACGGCCCCCGAUGGCCCCUUCGCCGCCUGCCACAGCACAGUCAGCCCCACUGUGUAUUUCAACAACUGCCUGUAUGAUCUGUGCCUGGGCAACGGAGAGUCCCAGGUCCUGUGCCAGAGCAUCUACAGCUACGUCACAGCCUGCCAAGAGGCCCGGGUCACCAUCCAGCCCUGGAGGAACGCCUCCUUCUGCCCUCCGCGCUGCCCGGCCAACAGUCACUACGAGCCGUGCGCCGACCUCUGCACCACCACCUGUGCCAGGAUCACCGACGCCAGGAAGUGCCCAGACACCUGCGCCGAAGGCUGCCAGUGCGACGAUGGCUUCCUCUUUGACGGCCAGGACUGCGUGGCUCUGCAGAGCUGUGGGUGCUUCAACAAGGGGCUAUAUUACAAGCCCAACAACAUGGUCCUGAAGAAGAAGUGCCAGCAAAGCUGCACCUGCAUUCCUGCCCAAGGGGUGAUCUGUGAAGCUCACAGCUGCGCCAGCGAUGAAACCUGUCAGAUCAGAGAUGGAGUCAUGCAAUGUAUCAACAAAGAUCCUUGCAAAGUUCUGAAGUGCCGGACCAAGGAGACAUGCAAGAUUGAGAACGGCCAUGCAACGUGUGUUCCCAGCUACACUGGAACCUGCUGGGGCUGGGGGGAUCCGCACUAUCACACCUUUGAUGGGCUGAACUUUGACUUCCAGGGCACCUGCACCUACACCAUUGCCAAGUACUGUGGGACUGACCCCACCCUGGUGCCCUUCACCAUCUAUGAGAAGAACGACAACAGGGGGGGUAAUCAGGCUGUCUCCUACGUGCGCCUGACCAACAUCUACGUCUACGGGUACAACAUCGCUGUUUACAAGAACGAAGUUGGGAAAAUCAGAAUCAAUGACAUGACCACCAGCUUGCCAGUGACCCUUGAAGAUGGUAAAAUCAAGCUCUACCAGAGCGGUUUCAAUGCUAUCCUGCAGACAGACUUUGGUCUGCAGGUAUCGUAUGACUGGAAUUGGCACCUGAUCAUCACCCUCCCCAGCAGCUAUUAUGGGGCCAUGGGCGGCCUAUGUGGGAACUUCAACCAAAACCAUGGAGAUGACAUGACGUCACCCAAUGGCACCAGAGUCUCCUCCAUUGUGGAAUGGGCCAAGGGCUGGAAAGUCAAAGACCGGGACCCUUUCUGCUGGGAUGUUUGCAAAGGGAAUUGCCCAACGUGCGAUGAGAGCAAGAAGGAGACCUAUGGGGGCAACGAAUAUUGUGGUUUGAUCAGCAAAGCACCAGGAGGGCCCUUCAGAGAGUGUCACCCCAAAGUGAGCCCGGAGAAUAUUUUUGAUAGCUGCAUCUACGACGUGUGUCUGAACGGGGGAGCCAAGAACAUCCUGUGCCAAGCGCUGGAGGCCUACGCAGCCAUCUGCAAGAAACAGGGCAUCACCGUCUAUGACUGGAGGACACCAUCCGGCUGUGUCCUGCCCUGUGUGGAGAACAGUCACUACGAGGCCUGUGGGAACGCCUGCCCAGCCAGUUGCUCUGACCGAACUGCUCCCUCCUCCUGCCGGGAGCCCUGCGUGGAGACCUGCCAGUGUGACAACGGUUAUGUCCUGAGUGCCGGCCAGUGUGUCCCCGUGGGGAGCUGUGGCUGUGACUACAAUGGCCGCUACUACAAACCCAGUGAGGAGUUCUGGGCCGAUGAGAACUGCCGCUCUCGGUGCAGGUGUGAUCCCAGCCUGGGCAUGGUGGUUUGCCAGGAGACCAGCUGCAAGGCCAGUGAGAGAUGUGCCGUGAUCAACGGGGUCCGUGACUGCUACCCAAUUAGCUACUCCACGUGCACGGCCUCCGGGGACCCUCACUACACCACCUUUGAUGGGAAAAAGUACGAUUUCAUGGGCACCUGCAUCUACCAGCUGGCUGGGGUCUGUUCCGAGGACCCCACGCUCACCCCGUUCAACAUCAAGGUGGAGAAUAACAACCGCGGCAGCAAGGCCGUGUCCUACACCAAAGCGGUGACCUUGGAGGUGUACGGCAGAAACCUCACUGUCAGCCAUCAAUAUCCCCGCAAGAUCAAGGUGGAUGGAGUCUUCACGAACCUGCCGUUCUACCAUGAGGAGAAGCUACAGGCCUAUGUCAGUGGAUCCUACAUCGUCAUCAAAACUGCCUUCGACCUGAGGGUGACCUUCGACGGGAGCAGCCUGGUCCGGGUCACUGUGCCCAACACCUACGCCAAUGCCCUCUGUGGACUGUGUGGUGACAACAACCAAACUGCCAGUGACGACCUGACCAUGAGGGACGGGAGACAGGCAGCCAAUGCCAUCCAGUUCGCAGAGAGCUGGAAGGUGGAGGAGGUCCCUGGAUGUUUGUCCAGUUGCACCAAGGACUGCCCAGUCUGCAGUGAGGCUCAGAGACAACCCUACAAGGGAGCUGGGUACUGUGGGGUCAUCACCAGAGGGGAUGGGCCAUUCAGAGAGUGCCAUGAGGUCAUCGACCCAGCCCCCUUCUUUGAUGACUGCGUCUUUGAUACCUGCCAGUACAAGGGUCACCGUGACGCUCUCUGCAGUGCGAUCAGUGCCUAUGUGACAGCCUGCCAGGCCAGAGGCAUCCAGACAGGGCAGUGGAGAUCGGCCUCAUUCUGCAGCCCCACCUGCCCUCGUAACUCCCACUACGAGCUCUGUGGGAGCGGCUGCCCUGCCACCUGCCACGGCCUCUCGGCGCCAAAUGGGUGCGACGCCCCCUGUGCUGAAGGGUGUUUCUGCGACGCCGGGUUCCUCCUGAGUGGAGACCGGUGCGUCCCUGUCGCGCAGUGCGGCUGUGUGCACCAGGGCAGGUACUACAGGAAGGGAGAGGAGUUCUACACCAGUGCCUCCUGCCAGGAACGGUGCCGGUGCCAAGACAACGGGGUUGUCGAGUGCCGGGAGGCCUCCUGCAGAGCCAACGAGCAGUGCAGAGUGAAGAAUGGAAUCCUAGGCUGCCACGCCGUGGGCUGCGGCAAAUGUGUAGCAUCUGGUGACCCUCAUUAUCUGACCUUUGACGGACGGGCCUUUGAUUUCCAAGGCAGUUGCACUUACAGCUUAGCCAGAGUCUGCAGCAGUGACGCUGGGCUGGCAAACUUCUCCGUGGUGGUAGAAAAUGAGAGCUACGGUAAUGGGCAAGUGUCAGUGGCACGGCUGGUGGUGGUCUCCGUUCAUGGUUACACCAUCACCAUGGAGAGGGGAAGGAAGUGGAAAGUCACGGUGGACGGGGAGCUCUACACUCUCCCGCUGGCUAUGAACGACGAGAAACUUCAGAUCAACCAGGAGGGGAACAACAUCAUUGUCCAGUCUGCCUCUGGCCUCAAAGUCCUUUACGACACCUCCUAUUAUGUCCUAGUCUCCAUCCCCAGCUCCUACAAGGGACACAUGUGCGGCUUGUGCGGCAACUUCAACGGUGACAAGAACGAUGACUUCCUGCUGCCCAGUGGGAAGAGCGCCCAGAACGCGGAUGAGUUUGGGGCCUCCUGGAAGGUGCCUGUUGAUAGUACCACGUGCACCGAUGGCUGUGGAGAAAGGUGCCCGGUUUGUGAUGAAGCUCAGACAAAGCCGUACCAGGUCGAUAGCUCCUGUGGGUUGAUCAAAGCGACAUCAGGUCCCUUUAAAUACUGUCACUCGCUGGUCAGCCCUACCGAGUAUUUCAACCAUUGUCUCUAUGACAUGUGUGCUGCCAAUGGAGCAAGAGAAAUCCUCUGCCAGAGUGUCCAGGCCUACACUGCCGCGUGCCAGGCAGCUGGAGCUACAGUCAGUGCCUGGAGAACAGCCUCUUUCUGCCCUUUCACCUGCCCGGCCAACAGCCACUACGAGCUGUGCACUAGAUCCUGCGAUUUCACAUGUGCCGGCUUGUUCUCCCCUGCCCAAUGCACUGCAAAAUGCUUUGAAGGCUGCCAGUGUGACGCUGGCUAUGCAUUCAAUGGGGAAACAUGCACGUCCAUGGAAGGAUGCGGCUGCGUGCGUGACGGACGCUACAUCAAGAGUGCAAAGCCCUCGGUGAGAAUUUGA